GACUGAAUCUCUCCAUCGCCACACGGGUGCAUAUUAUGGAACCAUCGUGGAAUCCGAUGGUCGAGCAGCAAGCAAUUGGUCGCGUUGUUCGUCUCGGACAAAAGCGACCGGUGGUGAUUACUCGGUAUAUCAUGAAAGAUACCGUUGAAGAGGUAUUCACCUUUCUAUACGUUCGGAAAGAUAUAGUACUAACUCCCCUCAAGAGUGUAGUGUCUCGCCAAGAUUUGAAGCUCGACGUCGCUAUGGGCGGUUUUGACGGGGCCUCUUGUGAGGCAGCUGGUCAUGAUGUAUGAUUGUAUGAGAAGUACUGUCUGUCGUUUUUAUCACAUAUUUCAUGUGUCUUCUUAUUUUGUUGAAUAGACAAAUGUCCGGUUGGACUGUUUCCUUCACGAAUAACUCGGGCUACAAAUGGACUGGGAUAUGACCUGGAGUUCUCUUAUAUAGACUGCCUUUGGUAUCGAU